GGAGGGGUCUUAAGGGGCGGUGAGCGCAGGUCGGAUUUCCUCGGAGGCUGCCGAGCGGCGAAGCUCCCACCUUCCCUCAGAGCUCGCUGCGGCCGCCCUGCCCCGCGCCCUCAGGAGACCGGGACCGAACCAUGAUGUGGACACGCUGGCUCGCGCUCGCGCUGGUGGCGGUCGCCUGGGUCCACGCCGAGGAAGAACUAAGGAGCAAAUCCAAGAUCUGUGCCAAUGUGUUUUGUGGAGCCGGCCGGGAAUGUGCAGUCACAGAGAAGGGAGAGCCCACCUGCCUCUGCAUUGAGCAAUGCAAACCUCACAAGAGGCCUGUGUGCGGCAGCAAUGGCAAGACCUACCUCAACCACUGUGAGCUGCAUCGAGACGCCUGCCUCACUGGGUCCAAAAUCCAGGUGGAUUACGAUGGACACUGCAAAGAGAAGAAAUCCGUAAGUCCAUCUGCCAGCCCAGUCGUUUGCUAUCAGUCCAACCGUGAUGAGCUCCGGCGUCGCAUCAUCCAGUGGCUGGAAGCAGAGAUUAUUCCAGAUGGCUGGUUCUCUAAAGGCAGCAACUACAGUGAAAUCCUAGACAAGUAUUUUAAGAACGUCGAUAAUGGUGACUCUCGCUUGGACUCCAGCGAAUUACUGAAAUUUGUGGAGCAGAAUGAAACUGCCAUCAACAUCACCACGUAUGCAGACCAGGAGAACAACAAACUGCUUAGAGGACUCUGUGUUGAUGCUCUCAUUGAACUGUCUGAUGAAAAUGCUGACUGGAAACUCAGCUUCCAAGAGUUCCUCAAGUGCCUCAACCCGACCUUCAAUCCUCCAGAGAAGAAGUGUGCCCUGGAGGAUGAGACCUAUGCAGAUGGAGCAGAGACCGAGGUGGACUGUAACCGUUGUGUCUGUGCCUGCGGAAACUGGGUCUGCACAGCCAUGACCUGUGACGGAAAGCAUCAGAAGGCGGCCCAGAGCCAGACAGAAGAAGAGGUGACCAGAUACGUCCAGGAGCUCCAAAAGCACCAGGAAACAGCUGAAAAGACCAAGAAAAUGAACACCAAAGAGAUCUAAAGAGGAGGCACCUAGGAAGGGUGUCCAGAGCCUGGAACCUUCUCUUCCACUUCCGCGCUGAGUCCAGUAUAUGCAAGUGUCUGCUUACAAUCGCCCAAUCACCAGUAUUUGCUUGUAUAGCGAUGAGUUUUUAUUUUGUCUAUUUGUUUUGCAAUAAAGGAAAUGGGGGUGGAUGGCUAGGAGGGGCAGGGCCAUAGCCUUCAUUUCUAGGAGUGCUUUGAGAGAAACUGUAAAUGGUGCUCGGGGGCUGGAGACAAGUAAGGAAACUGCAUCAGGGUUGGGAGAGGAGCGGACCCAGAUCUGAACCCCAGUCUGCCAUGGCAGUAAACACGCUACGGGGAGUGCAGGCAAUGCUGGCCAGAACUUUACAGGCUGCCCCAGAGAAGC